AUGCGAAGAAAAGAGUUGCUGUACGAAGGGAUGAUGCUGUACGAAGAAAAUCAUUCAGCAUUUUUUCAACAAAGGGAUGAUGCUGUACGAAGAAAAGAGUUGUCACCACUACAAAAAUGCACCGCUGCGAUUCGUCAACUAGCUUAUGGAGUCUCCGCCGAUCAUCUUGACGAGUACCUACGUAUGGGUGAAUCAACUACCAUCAGGUGCCUUCUCAAGUUCUGCGAAUACGGUGUUGAAAUAUUUGGUGAUAGGUACUUGAGAAACCCAAAUGCUGAUGAUGUUCAACGUCUUCUUCAAAUGCAUAAUGAGAGACAUGACUUUCCUGGCAUGUUAGGAAAUAUGUCGGAGAUUAAUUUCACGGUGAAUGACACUACAUAUACAAAGGACUAUUAUCUAACAGAUGGAAUAUAUCCCGAGUGGGUUACUUUUGUUAAGGCUUUUCCUUGCCCGGAGGAUCCCAAGAGGAAGUUGUUUAAGGAAAGACAGGAGUCUGCAAGAAAAGAUGUUGAACGAGCAUUUGGGGUGCUCCAAUCUCGAUGGGCGAUUGUCAGAGGUCCAGCUCGGUAUUGGUAUAGGAAAAAGUUAAAACAAAUCAUGUUAGCAUGCAUUAUUUUGUAUAAUAUGAUUGUUGAGGAUGAGGGAGGUCACGUGAUAAAUUGGUACAACGAAGAAGGUGACGAACCCGCACAACCUAUUCAUGACUCAAACCGAGGAUUUCAAGAUUAUCUUCGAACAAAUUCUGAGCUACGUGACACUCAAGUUCAUCACCAACUUCGCGUCGACUUAGUUGAGCAUAUCUGGGGGCAAUACAACAACAAUCUGUGA